UCAAAAGCACAAGUUUCUCUGGUUACUCUUCGAAAUGUUAGAGAUGAGAAAAUUAGGGUUUUCUUUUUGUCUUCGACGCGGUUGUUUUGAGCAAAAGGUUUAAUCCAGCAAAGUAGGCCUUUGCCUUAUCGAAUUUUUAAAUUCAGGGAUUAAGGGAGAAAUCGAGGGUGUUUUCUUCCCUGGAGGUCCUGAGAAACUAGGGUUUCUCAACAAAAUUCAAAAUGUCCGUUUAUGAUGGGAGUUGCGAUGCUAAUGGCGAGGUUUUCCAUGAAUGGGGCUCUCCAAGUCAGAGAAAACCAGAUUAUGAUGGCUCUUCCCUUUAUGAUGCCUUUGAAGACCGAGAUUCACAGCCCCAGCAGCCCACAUUUCGUGAAUCAGACCGUGACAAAUCAAAGAGUAGAGAGAGAGAAAGAGAUAGAGGGAGUAGGGAUAGAGAUAGAGUUAGAGACAGAGACAGAGACAGAGAUAGAGACAGAGAAAGAGAGAGAGAGAGAGAUAGAGAAAGAGACAGAGACAGAGAAAGAGAGAGAGGGAAUGAAAGAGAUAGAGACCGAGACAGAGAAAAUGAAAGAGAAAGAGAAAGAGACAGAGAUAGAGAAAGGGAUAAAGAUCGGUAUCGUCAUCAAAGGGAUAGAAGUACGAGGGAUGAACGAGGGCGUGAGAGAGCCGGUGACUACGAUCGCCAUCGUAGCCGUGAUUCUGAUCGGAACCAUGAUUAUGAUCGUGAUAGAGAUAGGAGGCAUCGGCAUCAAUCACGUUCACGUUCAUUGGAUAGGUCAAGGAACCGAUCUAGAUCUCGUUCCCGUUCCCGCUCAAGAAGCAAACGGGCUAGCGGUUUUGACAUGGCACCUCCUGGUGCUUCUGUGAUCCCUGGGGUUCCUAUUGCAGGGCAGUUACCUGGUGUCCCACAGCCCAUGCCUGGAAUGCUCCCCAACAUGUUCCCCUUUGGGACAACUGCUCCGUUUCCUGGAAUGGCAAUGAUGCCGGCACAAGCAAUGACUCAACAGGCUACAAGGCAUGCGCGCCGUGUAUAUGUUGGAGGUCUCCCUCCCAUGGCGAAUGAGCAGACGAUCGCAACAUUUUUCAGCCAUGUUAUGUCAGCUAUUGGAGGAAAUACUGCAGGUCCAGGUAGUGAUGCUGUUGUUAAUGUGUACAUAAACCAUGAAAAGAAGUUUGCAUUUGUGGAGAUGAGGACUGUUGAGGAAGCAAGUAAUGCAAUGGCAUUAGAUGGGAUUACAUUUGAGGGGGUUUCAGUAAGGGUUCGGAGGCCUACUGAUUACAAUCCCUCAUUGGCUGCAGCACUUGGACCAAGCCAACCAAGUCCUCAUCUCACCUUAGCAGCUGUUGGUCUCAUACCUGGAGCCAUUGGUGGAGCCGAGGGACCUGAUCGUAUUUUUGUGGGUGGCUUGCCAUACUACUUCACAGAAGCCCAGAUUAGGGAGCUACUAGAGUCAUUCGGGCCGCUGCGAGGAUUUGAUCUUGUUAAAGACAGAGAUACUGGGAACUCGAAAGGCUAUGGUUUCUGCGUAUACCAGGAUCCUGCGGUUACAGACAUUGCCUGUGCUGCUCUCAAUGGCUUGAAAAUGGGUGACAAAACUCUCACUGUUCGCCGCGCCACUGCAAGCACUGGACAAGCAAAACCUGAUCAGGAGAUUAUUCUAGCACAAGCACAGCAGCAUAUAGCAUUGCAGAAGCUGGUCUUACAGGCUGGUGGAGCGGCAGUGCCAGGGGUGGCUGUUACGGUCUCGGAGAACCCCACUAAAGUACUCUGUUUGACUGAGGUGGUGUCUGCAGAUGAAUUGCAGGAUGAUGAAGAAUAUGAAGAAAUAUUGGAGGACAUGAGAGAAGAGGGCAGAAAGUUCGGGCCCUUAACUACUGUCGUUAUUCCCCGUCCAAGUCCAGAUGGGCAACCAACGCCAGGCUUAGGCAAGGUGUUCCUGGAGUAUGUGGAUCCUGCUGGUGCUGCAAGGGCUAGAACCGCACUUAAUGGUCGCAAGUUUGGGGGCAAUGUCGUUAUAGCCGUCUACUAUCCAGAGGAUAAGUUCUCCAAUGGAGAAUACGAUGCCGAAGAUUGAAUGUGUUGGGGAUAUGAUCCAGUAAAGAAACAACCCAUUUAAAAUGUCUUGGGAUAACUGGAUUAAAUGCCCCUUUGGGAGGGGAUCAUCCUUGUUGGGAUGAUGUUAAUUUGUUGAACUAUCCUAAUUCCAAAGAAUAUUUGCAUGUUGGUAUAUGCUAAAGCUUGAACUCUGAUAUUUACAGAUUAUAGUGGGGAUGACAUGUUUUCAUGGGAGGCCUUAGAGAUAGCUGUUUCACUUCAAACUUUGCGAGCCCAUCUCCUUUGUACUGGCAGACGAAGAUUGUGAGAAGGAAUUUUGACAAAACUUUAGAAAAUGGUUGCUUUUAGGAGAAAAAAAAAGCAGCAGUGAAUACGAGGGAAAAACUGUACUAGAUUGUGGCUUUGGGUGUAUUUGUUCAAGUUAAAAGGUUUUUAUACUUCCCCUUA